UCAUUUUACUCUCUAGAGUUUAAAGUAACAGUAUUCUGUUUGUUUCGUUCGUUUAAAUUCAUUUUAACACGUUGUGCCUUGUGGGAAUAGCAAUUCCAUUAGAACUUAAGUUCCAGCAUUUUCUCACGGAAAUAUAGUGGCGAAUUUCGCAUUUCAUCGUCAACUGUAAAUGAAAACCAUCAUUCGAAACGUCGACAACUAAUCUCCAAAGAAGGGUGCUGACUAAAAUCAUCGUUUGUUUGCAAACGUUCCAAAGUUACUCUCUAGAGUUUAAAAACAGCAUUCUGUUUGUUUCGUUCGUUUAAAUUCAUUUUAGCACGUUGUGCCUUGUGGGAAUAGCAAUUCCACUAGAACUUAAGUUCCAGCGUUUUCUCACGGAAAUAUAGUGGCGAAUUUGGCAUUUCAUCGUCAACUGUAAAUGAAAACCAUCAUUCGAAACGUCGACAACCAAUCUCCAAAGAAGGGUGCUGACUGAGAUCAUCGUUUGUUUGCAACGUUCCAAAGUUCCAACGGUAAAAUCGAGCCAUAUCCAUCAAAUUUUUUUCGUCAACCACUCUGCCUUGGAUCGAAUUCACAUUCUACCCCCUGAAAAUUGCUAGCCUGUUCAACCUCCGCAUAGGGCAUAUAUGAGAGUAUUGGCCGGCGUCAUGCCAAAUAUCUAAGCAACACUCUCCUAUAUUUCGCUUUCCAAUCACUCAACAACUUUGAUUAGAGGCAAUCUUUGUAUCGAAUUGGAUAAAAUGGCCAAUUUUAGUCCGCAGUUAUCUCAAAGUCCGCUCAAAGAGCAAGAUUCUAUUGACAAUGUAAUGGCUCUACAAAAAUCAUCGAAAAAUCACGACGAUGACUUUGAAGAUUCGCUUAACAUUUCAAUUUCGGAGCACAUAUCGGAGGAAAUCGAAUCGAAUAGUGUAGCUGAUGAUAGCAUUGAAAAGACAUCACAACAGUUCGAUCAACUGGUAGCUGAAAAGAAACGGCGACUAUUCGAUUUUGAAGACAACGAUAAAAGUGAUAUCGUUGGCGCUGAUGGCAUGCGUAAAUUUUCCAAAUUUGAUGUUGCCGACUUAUUAGAUGAAUCACUGUCGGGUGACAAUAUCGCGAAACAUUUCAUCGCCGAUGUUACCAAACGAAACAGUGUAAAAGAACCGGUUUCAAACCAAACAAAAUGUGAUGCAUUUAAAAAAGCAUCACACAGUUUAAGCAAAGUGCAAACAUCCAAAGAUUUAGUGAAUCGCGACAGUCAUUCGGCAUCGGCCAGUGGCAGUGGUAAAAGUGUUGUAAAAAGUGAUGUGAUAUUGAUAAACGACCAUGAAAUUAGUUUGGAUUCGCUGUUAGAGCAGCAACGACACCGUUCACAAUCGGAUGCAAACAGUGCGAAUCAAAAUACGACCAGUGACAUAUCUGAUUUACAAAUCGAAGACAUCAUCAGAGAACAACGUUCGAUUGAGGAUUUAUCGGGUAUUUCAGUCAAUGAAUCGUCGAACAAACUCGAAUUGGAAGCCGAACGAUCAAAAUCAUCGUCAGAUAAAAUGGCACAGUCGGAUAGGAAUGAUGAAAGUACAAAAACUGAUGAGGAAGAAGUGAAAAAGUGCAAACCAUUGGAAGAUCAUGAAUCAUUGCCAGAGCUGUCGGUCAUUGAAGAGGUAUCAGCCGCUGAGGAAUUAUCGAGUAAUCACAAUGAGAAUGCCGCCAAUAAAAAGAUCGAAAUUCGAAAAAUUAUCGAUGAAACAGUGAAUAGACUACCUCUCGAUAAGGAAAAUCGGCCGCCAAAUUUAAACGACGAUCUAUUGUCAGUUGAUAGCAAACAAAUGACCAGCUCACAGAAUAGCACCCUCACCGAUGGAACUGUUUACAAUGUAUUUGCCAAAAUGGAGACUAAUCCGACGGAUGCAAAAUUUCAGGACGAACUCAACUUGAAUUUGCUUCAUAUGCAAAACAAAAUCAAAGAAUUACAAAAUAUUCAUGCUGGAAAGUACUCGGUUGGAUACUUUGAUCUACCAUUGUUAUCAAGUAGCCGACGGGAUUCGCUUAAGGAGUCAGGAAGAGAUUCAACUAGUCUUACAACCAAUUCGACCGAAUAUCGACCGUUCCAGGAUGAAUACUUUCGGUUAACUGAUUUUCAAAUCGCAGUAGACGAACGCGAUCGCAUCAUUCAAGAGCUAACCGAUUCACUGAAACAAUCGAUUAAUAUUCGUGAUCGAUUGAAUGAACAAAAUGAAUGUCUGGCAAACGAACUUAAAGAAACAAAGGCGGCCAUUGACAAAAGAAAAUGGAUCACCGACAGAGAAUCAUUCAAUGAGCCACGUUUGUCGGAAACAACUAUCGAUUUAGUAGUCGAAAGUGAUUUCGAUGAUGAUGAUGAUGUCAUUGUACAGAGACGCCAAAGUCGAGAAAUGGAUAAUUAUGUUUUCAAAGCAAAGCCAACAGGUGAAUGUCAACCGAAUAAAAAUGUUUCGUCAAAGAGAUCACACGAAAUUAUUGAAGAAUUCAAAGAGGCUUUGAACACAGAUGAACGAUCAUUGUUUACUCGUAUCGAAAGCGAAUUUAAUGAAAUGCUCAACGACCGCGUAAAUGAUGUCAAAGCAAAAUUGCAUCAAGAACAAAUGGAACGAGCCGAAUUGGAUACGGAGACAAAUCGCUUGAGACAAUUGUUGUCAAAUAUCAAAGGCGGAUCGUCAGAAGUCGUUGAACUACGCGCCGAAUUGGAUAAAAUUCACAAAAAAGAAAUGGAAAACUUACGAAUGUACUUCGAACGGAAGUGUACAGACUUGGAAAAACAGUACUCUGAAGAAGUCUUUUCGCAGCAUAGUCGACGUCAUUCGAACGAUACUAAUUCGGAUUUGUCAGACGAUGAAAUUUUCGUCUUGCCCGACGAAACAAAAUCGGGUUACAUUCGACGAACAAGCAAAACUGGUGAAAUUCUAGCUAGUCCAACACAUCGUAAACUCACGCCGACCAAUAUCCAUAGUAUCCAUAGUACCGGUUCUAGUCCACUCAAAAGACUGAGCCGAAAUAGUCGAAGUGAAUUCCGAUCGCUUGACACUAGCAAAUUUGAGCAUUUAAAUGCCGACGAAAUACACAAACAUUAUCACAACAUAAUUGCAAAUUUGAAGCAAUCGCACGAAGAAAAUCUUGGUCAGUUGAAAUAUAAAUUGCAAUCGUUAGACCGUCCGGCAGAUGAUGAUGAAUAUUUGCUAACCGCAACAACGGCCGAUCAAAAGCAGCCACUUGUGUUACUAACGUCAAAUUUAACAAAUAACAGUGAGCACGCGGAAUUGUUUAACAAUUUGGUAAAUGAAUACGACCAUCGUUUGGAAGAGCAAGUUAAACUAGCCAAAGAAGAUAUGCUGCAUGAAUUAGAGAUUCAUAUACAGACUCUUUUAUCGGAACCAAUCUCAGAUGAGUCUCGUUGGCCACCCGAGUUGAUACUUCUUCGUGAAAAAUUCACCGCUAAAAGUCAAUUGGAAAUCGCACAACUGCAGAUAAAGCAUGAAGAAGAAAUGUCUCGUUUGAAAAAUGAUCACCAACGGCAAUUGGAUCGUAAAGUCAAGCGGCAUACUGACUUUGACAAUGGAAGAGGUUUGGAGAAAUGUGAAUCGGAACGUGAUAAUCUGCGCGAGCUAUGUAAAACGUUCCGCCAUUUAUUGUAUGAAUUGGCCAAAUGUGUUUCGGUUUGUGAAACUGAUUUGAAUGCGACGUUAGUCGAUGAACUCAACAAGUAUGGAAUUUUACAACAAACACAAUUUUCGCCGUCCAAAACGCGUGCCGAAUCACCAACCAUUGAACUCGAUUUAAAUCAGUCGACAUGUUCAUCGAUUGCAAAUCGUCUUUCGCUUGUACCAGAUGUCACUGGCAUUUUAUCAUUGAUCGAAGAUCCAUCACUUCUGAGCUUUGUUGACGAGAAAAGUGACAAUGCCGAUAGUCUCAGUUCAAGCAUUUGGAAACAAUUCGAUUUGAAUGAGUGUCUGGAAAAAUUAAAACUUGAGGCCGAUUCAUUGUUGCAUGCAUCAAAGAAAAUGUUGGAAAAUCGUGACACUGACAACCGUGAAAUUGAUGAAGCACAAAAGUCACAUGAAGACGAAGAUGGCUUGAAAAUGGCCAAAGAUGAUUUAAUUGUGGACCAAAAACAACGAGUCAGUCUACCGGCCAUAUUCGAUAAAAAAGAGCGCCAAACUAUGUCGCAUUCCAAUUUGAACGAUUUGAAAAAUCAACUGGUCAUGGCUGAAAGUAAAAAUCAAGAGAUCGAAAAGAAAUUGGCCGAAUCAUUGAAAAUACAACAAGAACUAACACAAAAACUCAACAACUAUAUGGAUAGCCAGAGCGAAGAGCUCAGCGAAGGAUAUGGAAUAAGUCAAUUGAGAUCGCCAGUUCGGCAUCCGACUAAAAAAGCGGCCACAUCUUUUACGUCACUUCAAGAACGUGCCAAACAGUACUUUAACGAUACGAAUACAUCGGAUGUGUCACAGUUGCUCGAAGACUUCUGUCGUGAAUGCGAUCGACACGUCGAAGAAGACAAAGAGAAAAUGAAAGACCUUCAAGCACAGAUUGAUGCCGCCUAUAAUGAACGGAAACAAAACAAUGAAUUUCGGGAAAAGCAGGCAGCCGAAUGGGACAUGGAACGCGAUGUUUUUAUCAAAGAAAUCGAAAAACUCGAAUCUAAAUUGCGCGAUGUAGAUAAGGAACGUCUUAAAUACGAUAAUAUUGCCAAGGAGAGUGAAGUACUACAUCAACAAGUUCAAGAGUUGGAAGCCGCAUUGAAUUCAAAUAAGAAGACAAACGCCGGCCUUCAAACCGAUCUCAAAGAAUCGAUCAACAAAAUCUACGAUCUGCGCGAAAUAAUCGUUGAACUCGAAAAGCAAAUUAAGGAAAAAGACAAUAUGGUGAAAGCGUUAGAAAAUGAUAUCGAUUGCCAAAAGACAACAAACGAAUCACUGCAAACCGAAAUGAAAAGUUUACUGUCACAAUCAGAGAUUGCGCCAACGUACGAAGAAAAGAUUUUGCAAUUAGAAGAGCAAUUGGAGAGUUUACAACCAAACGCUGAUCAAAGUGCGGCAAUAGAACGUAUUGCACAGCAUUUGCGUGAAAUCGAAGAUAAUCUCGAUCGCAAAAUCAAUCUAUUGGAAUCGAUUCACGUUGGAACUGGCACAGUGACGACGUGCAGCAGUCCAAGUGAAGAUGUUUCAGUGAGAGGCAGCGCCAAUAAUCUUGAUGCAGCCAUAUCACCGCGAUAUUUCAAGUAUUUGGCCAAGGAUCCAAUGUUUCCGGUCGACCAAAUCAGUCGAAUAAUUGAGAAACUACAAAAACACUCAAAAGUUGAAGAGGCAGCUAUCAAACUGGUGCGAGACCUGGAAAUGCAGAUCAAAGCAAUGCACACAAGCUAUAUGGAAUUGCAAAAUGAACGAGAUUUACUGCGUGAAAAAAUGGAUGAGCAACUGGUGCGUAUCACAAGUAUUCAAUCGCGAUUGGAUGAGCAACGACAACGUGCCGAAGAGCUACAACGGGCCGGCACAUCCGAUCUGAAUCUCAAAGUGUACGAUCUACAAGGCGAAGUAAAUGCGCUAAAGGAAACGGUAUCAUCGCGUGAUAAACAAAUUGGCGUAUUGAAAAGUCAUUUGGCACAAAGCAAGGAGAUUAUUGACAGACAAGAGGCUGAAAUUGCAUCGUACAAUUGCAUAACGGACGGAAAUGACACAUAUAGCAAAGUAUUUGUUGAAAAAUUGGAGGCACGCAUUGCAUCCAGAGACCAAGAGAAUAAAAAUUUGAAAGAGAAAAUGCGCACAGAAAUGAUUACAAAAGUGGCACUACCCGAUCUAAUGGAAACAAUGUUGGCAGACAAAACCGACGAAAUUGAAUACUUAAAAGAGCAAUUAGACUCGAAGGAAAAAGAAAUGAAGGAUCUUCGAGACAGUCAAAUAUUAGUCAAAGCCGAAGAAAAACUCAGCGAAUAUUUUACCAAAAAUUCGGCUAGCGAUUACAUUGACAGCGAUCAUAUACGAAAAAUGUCCGAAACUGGUACACGUUUAAGUCUGAAUCCAACGAAAAUGUUCGGCAACAAUGAGAACACACCACCGUUGAAGCCACGGCAAAUCAAUUUCACCUCAAAGUCAACAAUUGACACAAACACCGUUCAGACUCAAUCACUAUUUAGUGGACAUUUUUCAACGGUCACACAAAAUAAUUCGCUUGACGGUGAUACCGAUUCGAAGUUGAAAGAGGAAAUUGAAUAUCUGAAACUAUCAUUGGAAGAUAAAACCAAAUUGGUGGACGAUGUUACCGCUGAAAGUAAGAAAUUAAAAGAAGUAUUCGAUGCAGAAAAAGAUCAAUUGUGUAAAGAAAUUGAUACGUUGCACGUACAGAUCGAUGAACUCCAAUCAAAAGUCGAAACAAUUGAAGCCGAAUUGGUGUUGUCAACACGGAAUUAUGAUAAAAAGUGCGGUGAUUUUCAGAAAGUUAGCGAUCAACUGCAUGAAGAACGAGCUAAUAGUGGGGUAGUCAAACAGCAAUUAAACUCCAUGGAAAAUACCAUUAAAAUGAAAGACGAACUCAUUUCAAAACUGCAUAAUGACCUUGAUAAUAACAAAGAUGUGGAGAAAUUGAAUAUGGAAAUGAUCCAACGGCUACGACGUGAAAAUUCAGAAUUGAUCAAAAAAAGAGAUACCAAAGAUGUAACCGAUGGUUCAGAAACAAAACAAUUACGCGAAGAGCUUAUCGCAAUCAAGGAUAUACUUGCCGACACCGAGCAAGAGCUCACCGAAAAAAUGAUUGCAUAUGAAAAGUGUCAGCUUGAUAUCAAAGAACUCGAACAGAAAGUAUUCCAUUUAACCGAUGUGUUGACCGAUUCAAAGACAGCUAAAAGUGUUGAAGAGCUUCGAAUUGAAAUUCAAACGCAUCGCGAUGAAAAUGAUCGACUCAAAAAGGAGAUUGAAGACCUCAAACAGAGACAAAAUAUUGAACGACUGGCCAGUCCAAUUAAAAUGUUGAUCGAUGACACCGGCCUCGAUGAACUAACCGAAAAAGUUCAAGAAGAACUGAAUUACUCGGCACAAUUGGACAAUAGCAUUUUGAAGGCAAUCGAUGAGAAAGACGAAAUCAUUUCCAACGAAGAAAAUAUCGACGAAAUCGAAACGCUGCGUGCAGAAAACAGUGAGCUGACACAAGCACUCGAAAAGUUACGCAAUUCGUUUGAAUCACAACGGGCACACUUUUCUGAUAUUCGUCAAAAAGACUCCGAUUUCAUUGAUGUGUUGUCGAGACGCUUGGAAGAGGCCAUGGAUAGUCAAAAUGACCUGAAUAAAUUGCUCGAAGAAGAGCGAAACAAAACAUCGAAACUAUCAACAAAGAUGCUUGAGCAUCAGUUUGAACGAGCCAAAUUGAGUGCCAGCAAUUUAUCAUUGAACGAAUCGCCAAUAUCAAGUCCCAGACGCUUGGCGAAAGGCAGUGAAUCUGAUCAGGAGCUACUUAAAUGUCAAAAUGACGAAAUAAAAUUACUAAAAUCACAAAUGGAACGGGAAAAAGAACGAGCCGCCGACACAGAAAAGGCAUUGGCUCGAGAGAAAAAUCGUUUCGAAAAAGAACUUAGCGAACAAAAAUCGUACGGUGAACGAAUCAAAGAUGAACUAGAGCGAAUCAUACGAGAAAAUAAAACUUUGCAAGAGGAACUGGAGGAUGCUCAAGAAAAAGUCACUCUUUCAUCGCGUGAAAUGGAAAAUUUGCAGAUUCGAAUAAAUCAAUUGCAAGAUGCUGAAAAUGGUCGAAAUAUUCGCAGUGAAAAGCAACGAAACGAAUUAACGCAAAGCAUUGCAACGUGCCAAGAACUGAAGAAUAAAUUGAUAAACGUUGAACGUGAACGAGACGUAUUGCAAGAGCGUGUAUCAAUUUUGCAAACCGAUAUUGAUCGUAGUGCUCAGCGUGAAGCUCGUUUAACCGAAUCAUUGGUGGCCGGAUAUCAACAGAGCCAUGUUGUCACCGGUGGACUAAUUCCACAGCAACUGUUGGCCAAAUUGAAAGAAAUGAACGACAAUUUGGGUGAAAAUGUUCGUGAAAAUCGUCAACUAUCAGAAACACUACAGAUGCUAACCGAAGAACGACAUGUGUUGCAGAAGAAGGUCGGUGAUUUGGAAUUGCUCUGUGUUGAUCGUGAUGAGCUCGAAGAACGUGCAAACCAUUUGUUUAGCAAGUAUUUGCGAACAGAGAGUUUCAGACGAGCCCUAAUCCAUCAGAAACGGUAUUUGAUGAUUUUACUGGGUACCUACGAGGACAAUGAAACCAAACUACUGUGCGCAAUGAAUGGAGAGCCCACGAAUCAACGACGAAAGAAAUUCCCAUCAUUGAAAGCUGUUGCAUUGGUCAUUGUUGCAAUUGAACGAAUGAAAUUCAUUCAUCGACGUUGGCAAACGGGCAAACGAGUAUGUGCAAAGAAUCCAAUAUUCCAGCACCAUAUACCACCACGUCGUACACACUCAGCAUCUACAAUCAAUUGGACACGAAAUGGAACCGAUGCACAAAUUCCCAAUGUAUUGCAUCAUCCACAAUCGCCACCGAUUCGUGAACGACCCAUGACAAGCGUGCUAAAAGGUCGCCGUUGCACCAACAAUGAGUUCACACAACAAAUUUGACAACAAUGAUGUCGGACGGUGAAUAAUUGGACGAUUUCACUGUAGAAUAUACCGAAAACUAAACGAUAACACCUAUUGCAAACCUUCUUGAUCUCGUUCGAAUUGUUUAGAAUUCAUUCAUUAGACUAAAUGGAUUGCAUAUCAAGACAUACUGCAUCGUCGAAUAAAUAAAAGAAAAUGUAAAUAGCCUUCAGAUAUUGAUAGAAUAACGCUAGUUUUUAAUUGAUUAGAUAGCAUUUAAUUGUGGCUUCUUAUGCACUUAUAUUUAAUUUGACAAAAAUAAAAUAAAAAUAAAUAUUGACCUUAGGUUAUACGUUAACAAUUAAAUUACAAUUGGAUGCCUUGUAAGUUUGCCUUUCCACGAUAAUUCCGACCAGAGACUAAGAUAAUGAUCAUUUUUUUUGUAGUUGAAAAUACGUUUAAGACUGUGUUUGUAUUUGAAUGAUUGUUAUAAUUGUUUACAAUUGUUGCAUAUAUGCACCAGAACCAUAUGUAGUGUAAGUUAGAGACCGAAGUAGGCAAUGUGAAUGCAAGAUCCUUUGCCAUAUUUAACCUACGGAUUCUUUAAAAAUAAAUAAAAAAAGGAUAAUAAAACCUCAAGAGAGUCACUAAAUUCAAGAUUUCAAAAAAA